AUGCCGGGCAUUCUUCCUAUCAAUGACCUGCCCCGGCUGGUCUCGGCCGCCUUCUCCCGUGCCCUUGGCCAGAAGGAGCUCACGUUCUACUCCACCGAGGUGGCCGUCCUGACCCUUGGCGGGGUCCCUUUCCAACUGCGCUUCGCUCCUGGUCUCUCACGCAAGCCUGAGCCUGGUGCUGCCCCCGCUGCUCCUCAGUCACAAGCCCAAGCUGAGACCGACCCCCAUCAUGUCCCCAAAGCCGAUGAGGAAGAGAUCAAGCGCCAGGCCAGGAAGGCUCGUAUGCUUGCCAACGACGUCUUUAACAAUCCUCCCGAAGCUCUCCGUAUCUCAGACCUCGGUCCUUCCCACUACCUUGUCCUGAACAAGUUCGCCAUUGCAGCUGAGCACUUCAUCCUUGCCACCAACGAAUUCAAGGAUCAGGAUCAUCUACUCGAGAGAGAUGACUUUGCCGCCAUUCGUGCUUGUAUUGACGGUUAUGAAAACCCUGACGGUGGUGAUGGACUAUUCACCUUCUUUAACAGCGGCGAGUUCUCGGGUGCCAGCCAGGCACACCGGCAUGUUCAGAUGAUUCCCAUCUCGCGAAUGAAGGAUGGCCUUGGGCCGGACUCCCCCUGGUCCAUUGUCGCUGAUAAGCUCACCGUCAAGGACAAACUCUUUGGAACCAUCGUAGCCAAACUCCCUUUCACAGCCAUCGCCCGCAAUAUCUCCGGCAUGGAUGCUGAUCAGCUGCACUUAACCUACCUCGACAUGUACCAGAAGGGCUGCAUGGUCGAAGCUACCAUCACGCGUCAUCCAAAGCACGAGAGUGAACCUCCCCUUGACGGACCAUCUUGCAUCAGCUACAACCUAGCCAUGACCAAGGACACCAUGGUUCUUCUGCCUCGUCUAUCCGACAAGAUUCAUCUCGAGGACGAUGAGGGCAAGCCUCUCGGCAUCAAGCUUUCCGUCAACGGCACCAUCUUGGCUGGCACCGUCCUGGUCAAGGAAGAGCAUGAUUAUAAAAUCAUCCAGCAGUUUCCUGGUGCUCUCAACCGCGGUCUUCAGCACAUUGGUGUUCCGUCUUACCUCUACCCUGGCCCCCUGUCCCUUUAG